UGUUGCCUCUGUGCCCUGAGUUUCUCUGCUGCUGCCUCAGCAGGAUAAAACCCGUGAUGUGCCUUCGGUGACUUGUCAUUUCUGAAAGGUGUUUUGACUGAAUCUCUUUUUUUCCCCCUUUCCAAAGCUGAUCCCGGGAUCAACAUAUCUUACUGCAUAUUAAUAAGCUGCUGCCACGGUCCCUGUACCAGCAAUGGCAGCUUCCAGCAGCAGCAGCAGCGAGGAGGAGCGUAGCCUUCGGGAAUGUGAACUUUACAUCCAAAAACACAACAUCCAGCAGCUUCUGAAGGAUUGCAUUGUACAGUUAUGCACAGUCAGACCUGAGAGACCCAUGGGAUUCAUCAGAGAGUACUUUGAAAGAUUGGAGAAGGAGGAAACAAAGCAGUUGUUGAAUCAGCUGAAGUCUGGUUCUCGCUCAGACUCCCGGGAGGAUGAAAUCUCUCCUCCUCCUCCUCUGAACCCUGUGGUGAAGUAUCGAUCACGACGUGGGGCCAUCAGUGCAGAAGUCUACACAGAAGAGGAUGCUGCAUCUUAUGUUAGAAAGGUUAUUCCAAAAGAUUAUAAGACUAUGGCUGCUUUGGCAAAAGCUAUUGAGAAGAAUGUGCUGUUCACCCAUCUCGACGAUAACGAAAGAAGUGACAUCUUUGAUGCCAUGUUCCCUGUCACUUACAUCGCAGGAGAGACUGUCAUACAACAAGGUGAUGAAGGUGAUAACUUCUACGUUGUUGAUCAAGGAGAAAUGGAUGUUUAUGUGAACAGUGAGUGGGCCACCAGUGUUGGUGAGGGUGGGAGCUUUGGAGAACUUGCCCUCAUUUAUGGAACCCCUCGUGCUGCAACCGUCAAAGCCAAGACGAACGUGAAGUUGUGGGGCAUCGACAGAGACAGCUACAGGAGGAUCCUGAUGGGAAAUACUUUGAGAAAGAGAAAUAUGUAUGAGAAAUUCCUUAGUAAAGUAUCUAUAUUGGAAUCUCUGGACAAGUGGGAGCGUCUCACUGUAGCUGAUGCUUUGGAACCGGUACAGUUUGAGGAUGGGCAGAAGAUUGUGGUCCAGGGAGAGCCAGGAGAUGAGUUCUUCAUUAUCUUGGAGGGCACAGCUGCAGUGUUACAGCGUCGGUCAGAAAACGAAGAGUUUGUGGAAGUGGGCAGGCUGGGACCUUCUGAUUACUUUGGUGAGAUUGCUCUGCUGAUGAACCGUCCUCGUGCUGCCACAGUUGUCGCUCGGGGCCCCUUGAAAUGUGUGAAGCUGGACCGGCCCCGCUUCGAGCGUGUCCUGGGCCCCUGCUCGGACAUUCUCAAGAGGAACAUCCAGCAGUACAACAGUUUUGUAUCACUGUCUGUCUGAAACCUUCCUCCCUGUCCAAGCCAUGCUUCACGAAUGCAGACUGCUUUAUUUCCCCUUGUGCAGAGCCACGUUGCCACUGGCAUUUGCAGCUUUCCUGUCUGGUUUAAAAAAAAAAAAAAAAAAAAAAAAAAGAGAGAGAGAGAAAGGAAAAAAAAAAUAAGAUAAAAAAAUUAACUGCUUAUCAUGGCACUGUCAUUAAUUUAGGGCAUAUUAUUUCUGUGCUCUCUGUCCCAUUAAAUUAAUAGCAAAAGUUCUAUGGAGACGUUUUGCUUCUCUCUGUGCACCAGUGUCCAACUCAGGCCAGUGCAGCCUUGCUUCAGGGAGGGAGAGACCUCCUGGCACCAUGCCAUUGCCAUAGAGAAAGGAGGUGACAGGAAAGGGAGGGGAAAAGAAUCCUUGUAAAGGUGUUUCUCAAAUUGUUGGACAGGUUUUAAGGCUGUGGUCAUCACCUGCUGUAUUUCUUUUCACAUGAGAACUUGCCCUUGUAAUUGAGCUUCUUGGGGCUUGGGGUUUUCUGGGUUUCUUUUUUUUUUUUUGUUUUGUUUUGUUUUUCAUUUUCUGGGUACUGUAAUCCUGGGUUCAAUCGUGAGGCAUCAGCUGCUAAGAAAGCCACAGUUGGAAUUUACCAGUAUAAUUGUACCUGUGUCCACUGGUUUAAGAUUGCUUAGUUCUGUUUUUGUCAAGUGUAAAUCAAAAGCUUUCAAAGUUAAUAGUUCUGGUGAACUACUGCAGUUGUUAAUUCAUUUGCUGACUUGCUGCACCUGAUCUUUUUCUCUUGUUGUUCCUUCAGCCAUAGAUUUGCCAUUUAAAACUCUUCCUGUUCCAAGUGGCAAGAACCAAAUGUUACAUUCAAUGCCUGACUGGUCUCUAGUUCAUAGAUUGGUGUAAGAAUGUGCAGCUGUCCAGCUGUUAGUAAUGUUUUGAGUGCUUAGAUUGGUGUAGAAGUUGAAAGCAAACAUUUGAUUUUCCCUGUGACUUGUUUUGUUAAUCCUCAGUUGACUUUAAAAAUAAUCAUCAUCAGUUCAGGUGACCCUUUGUUACCAGGGAAAAAUAAAUGCUGAGUAUUUCUGGCCAGCAUCAGUUGCAGGUGGCUGGUCUGUAGAGAUCCAUCAUUCUUGGUAGAGAAUGUGAGGCAGAAAAACUGAAUGUUUUAACUUUCCUGCAACACUCCGUUGUUUUAAGUUUUUAAACCUGUCGAUUCAUCAUUUUUUUUUUUUUAAAUGGUUCAUUAUAAACCUAGUUUGAAUCCAAGAAGUCUUUGGAUUUCUUUUCUUGCUUAUGGAAUUUCCACCACACGUGUUUCAUACUCCUUUUUUUUUUUUUUUUUUUAUUUUUUCUUUCCCCAAGUUCAAUCUGUUGCAGAGUCUUAAAUGUAUUUCAGUAUUUCCCAGCUUCGUGUUCCAUUACUCUGUGUGCACCAAGACUUCCCAAAAGUUUUUACUGAAUUCCACGGUUCAAUAACUGUAGGCAAUUUUUAAGGUUUCCUUUAAACUGUAAUUUAUAUAAAGUAGCAUAGGUUUGUAUUUGGGAGUGACAGCAAGCAGUUUGGCAUUUGUUGUGCAACUACUCUAACGAUGGAGCCCUCCUUUUAUUUCCUUUCUGAGGUGAUAGGGAUUCAAAUCCAACAUUCUCCCAGGCAUGUAGAGAAUCAGGAAGAGUCUGCUUGUUGAUGCAGAAUAAUACUGAAGGUAUCAAGCCUUUACAAAAGGUUUCAGAGCAUUUCUGAACCUGAAAUCCCAGGAAGGGGAUUGAAAUGCUUGUGGUUUUGAGUUCUCUAUUCAGGAGAUGUUGAGUAGAGGAUUUCUGCCAGAGUCCUUAAGGAAUAAGCAAAAGCUACCUUUUUUUGGUUCUUUGUUUUCUUUGUUUUUGGUAAAAAAUUUUUUCUUUAGUUUUGACUCUCUGCAGGAUUUUUCUUCAUAUGUGUUCUUUGUGUUACAUUAAAGCACCAAAAACUGUGUAAACCAGUUAGAGCUCCACAGAAAAAAAAAAAUGCACAUUUUUUUUAUAUAAGGCUUUCUAAUCAAGUUUCACUACUGCAUCUUUUUAGCUUGCUGUUUACUCCCUUUUGUAGUUUUACCUACAAGAUUUUAAGAUAAAUCAGCUAAGUCUGAGUUAAAUAUUAAACACAGUUAUAGCUUUACCUUUGUGUGCAAUUUCAAUAUGUUGGAAACCACAAUUGGCAUAGUUUUGCCUUAGCUAACAUUCAGGGCUUUAGAAGUAAUUUUUUGCUAGUCUAUCUUCAGCAAAUUGAUGAAGUCUAUUGCCCUAGGAAGCUAUAGUCAACCAGAGGACCAUUUUUGUAUUGUUACCUGACUCUAUAAGUCUGAUUUACUGUAUGUGCUAAUAUAUUAUAUUAUAUUCCUUUUGUUAUAGAUUGUCCUAAUGGCAGGUAAAGCAAUAAAAUGAUUUAAAUUCUUAAAUGCAA